GAAACAAACCUAACCCCCAAUAUAGAAAGCUUGGCUAAAUUCAGUACCAGUGUUUUUUUCACUGAGAAAAACUGCAGUCGUUUCUCUAAACUAAACAUGCAGAUGGGGAAAGAGACAAGAGCUGAAGUUUGAUCCCCUGAUCUCGCAGAGAUCUUUUUCCGUAGUGUUUAUUUGUUUCUCUUAUUUUAACUUUCUCUCUUCCUUCCUUCCUUCCUUCUCUUGAAUGUGUCAAUCCACUUGCUGCUCUUUCUUUACCUUUCCUUUCUCUUUAGCUCUUUCAAACUAGUCACUGUAACAAUUAUCAAGCCAAAACAGAAGAUGAAGAUCCAGUGUGAUGUGUGUAACAAAGACGAGGCAUCGGUGUUCUGCACCGCCGACGAGGCAGCCCUCUGCGACGCCUGCGACCACCGCGUCCACCACGCCAACAAGCUCGCCUCCAAGCACCAACGCUUCUCGCUUCUCCACCCUUCUUCCAAACAGGUCCCUCUCUGCGACGUUUGCCAGGAGAGACGAGCUUUCUUGUUCUGUCAGGAGGACAGAGCGAUUCUGUGCAGAGACUGUGAUAUUCCGAUUCACACGGCAAACGAGCACACCCAGAAGCAUAAUAGGUUCCUUCUUACUGGGGUUAAGCUCUCUGCUACCUCAACGCCCUAUACUUCAUCCUCCUCCGCCGCCGCCGCUGCCGCUGCCGCUGCUUCAACCAACGUUUGUGAGCCUGUUCCUGAUCACAAAUCUCAGCCCGUGAUCAAGAACUCCGUUGUUGCUUCUCUUGCAGUUUCACAGCCAUCUUUGUCGGCCAAAAACUCGGCUUCAACUACAACACCAGCAGCAAUCACUGACAAGGGUGGAGAAAAGUUGCCGAUGGACCAAACAAGUAGCAUCUCGGAGUACUUAAUAGAGACGCUUCCGGGGUGGCACGUUGAGGACUUUCUUGAUUCAACUUAUGAUCCCUUUAAUUUCUGCAAGAGCGACGAUGGUGUAUUGCCGUUUCUGGCUGCUGAUAUUGAGAGCAAUAUGGGCACUUUCUCGCCUGAGAUUAGUUUUGGCAUUUGGGUCCCUCGAUCGCCUGCUCCUCUGUUUCCGCCACACUUGGCUGCGCAGACUGCGCUCAAAGAGGCGAAGGAAGGCUCUAAUAUAAAAGCCAACCGAAGGUGGAUGGACGAUGGUUUCACCGUUCCACAAAUUACCACUCCAUCCACUGGCUCCAAGAGAUCUAGACCUUCGAGGUAGAAUCAGAGCCUCCAAAUCUCGUCUUUUCAAGAACAGAGCUCAUGUUCAUAUUUUCCUGAUUUGGCUUGAACGUCGUUGCCUUUUCUUUUCUUUGUAAGUUUGUUUGUAGUUUUAUCCUUUUUCCACCUUCUCUAUGUGCCAUAACCCAACCCAGGUUCAGUUUUCGUCUUCUUGUCUCGUCUUCCUCCUUGUGCUUGCGAAUGCGUGCAUCAUUGUAGAUAUCAAUGCAAUCUACGGAGAUUUUUGCUUGUCUGCCAUGUAAAUACAGCCAAAUCAUUUUAAAUUUCA